GGUUUUGGUCUGCUUUGGGUUGACUGGUCAUUAUGCUGAUGCAGCUCUGUAGUAUCAAGAACUUGUACCAGAGUCGGUUCCUGGGCCUGGCGGCCAUGGCCUCCCCGACCCGCGGCAGCCAGACCCGCCAGCGCUGCAAGGACGCGGUUCGCCACAGCUACGGCCCGGACAGCUACGCCGUCAACGGUCUGAACCAGGAGGACUUCAUGCUGGGGCUGCCGCGGUCCACCAGUGACACCGAUCUGGUCUCCCCGGACGCUCGCUCCACCCUGGCCAUCAGCUCCUCCCACUACACCAUAGGCCAGUCCGAAGACCUGGUGAUCACGUGGGACAUCAAGGAGGAAGUGGAUGCCGGGGACUGGAUUGGCAUGUAUCUUGUCGAUGAGGCUUUGUCUGAGAACUUCCUGGACUACAAGAACCGAGGCAUCAACGGAUCUCACAGGGGACAGAUCGUUUGGAAAAUUGACUCCAGCUCCAACUUCAGUGACUCGGAGACCCAGGUCUGCUUCAGGUACUACCACGGUGUCACCGGGGCACUGAGGGCCACCACACCCAGCAUCACCAUAAAGAAGGUCCCAGCACACGUAUUAAAGCCAGUGGUUAGUCCUGAAGUCAACCAUGGACUGGGCAACAGGAGGCUCAUUAACUUUUCCUUGUCAGACCUGCAGGCGGUUGGUUUGAAGAAGGGGAUGUUCUUCAAUCCUGACCCUUACCUGAAGCUUUCCAUCCAGCCCGGGAAGCACAGCAUCUUCCCCUCGCUGCCGCACCACGGCCAGGAGAAACGCUCCAGAGUGGUCUGCAACACGGUCAACCCACAGUGGAGCACAGAGAGGUUUAACUUCGUGUCUCUGCCUACUGACGUCCUGGAGAUCGAGGUCAAGGACAAGUUUGCCAAGAGUCGGCCGAUCAUCAAGCGUUUCCUUGGGAAGCUCUCCGUCCCCGUCCAGAGGCUGCUGGAAAAACACGCCAUUGGGGAUCGGGUAGUGAGUUACUCUCUGGGUCGUCGGUUGCCAACGGAUCAUGUCUGUGGUCAGCUGCAGUUCCGCUUCGAGAUGACCUCCACUAUUCACCCAGAUGACGAGGAGAUCUCCCUGGUCAUAGAGGCAGCCUGUCCUGAGGGGAACGCAGCCAAUGACCCCCACGCCGCCGAUCCACCUGAUGAUGACACGCUAAGUGUGGGCCCCGACAUGCCCGACCUCCCCCUGGACGCCCCCACCCAGCCCGAGACACCACCGUCACAAGCCCCUGCGCCGGAGGAGCCCCUUCCUGCCGAUACAGAGGAGCCGGAGGCGACGCCGGAGGAGCGAGAAGCUGCGGAGGAGGAGAGCACAGUGAGGGAGGAGCCCCCUUCUGAGGAGCCACAGGUGGAGCAGCAGGAGGAGGAGGUGGCCCCGGCUGAACAGCAGGAGGAGAGCAGUGGAGAGGUUGAAGGAGGGGAGGAGGGGCCACGGGAGGUAGAAGAGGAGGAGGAGGAGCGAGGAGCAGAGUCGGCACCACAAGCUGAGGAGGAGGUGACAGCAGGAGAAGAGGAGGUUGGGGAGGAAACACAGCCAAAGCCAGACUCUGACAAGCCUGUAGGAGAAUCAGCAAACAGCGGGGCUGCUUCUAUGGAGCCACCCGCCGAGGGAAACACCACAUCCCAGGAGGCCUCUGUAGAGCAGUCUGAAGAGACCCCACAGGAGGAGACAGAGGGAGGAGGCAGAAGCUGCGUCCCCUGCGCCUGCAAAGCCCUCUUCUCAAACUACAACUCCCAUGCUCCCUCGCGCCGCAAAACCCGCCCCUGCUCCCUCCCGGUGUCGGAGCUGGAGACGGUGAUCGCGUCGGCCUGCGGCGAGCCGGAGACGCCCCGGUCCCACUACAUCCGGAUCCACCACCUCCUCCACAGCCUCCCCUCGGCCCAACACAGAACCCUGAGCCAAGAGGAGGAGGAGACCGGGGAGGUGGAGAAUACGAGCACCCGAGACACCACCUCCACAUCGCCAACACUUAAAACCUCCAAAGAGGAGGAGGGGCAGGAGGAGGAGGAAGAGGAGGAUACAACCCAGUCCCCCUCUCAGGUUCCAGAGUGUCCGGGCCCCUGCUGCCGCCGCUCUCUGCCCCGCAGCCUCUCCAUCGAACGUCUCUCUGAGCUGAACCAGCUCCUGGAGGGUGAUGGAGGAGGAGGAGGAGGAGGGGGAGGAGGACACACAGCUGUCAGGAGGAUCUCUCCCUCCUGCCUGGAGAGCGAGGAGGGUGAUUCUAGCAACGGAGGAGGGAGAAGGGUCGGCGGCAGCACCCACAGGCACCCGGGCGAGAACGAGUGUGAGUUCUGCGACACCUCCUGCUACAGCACCUCCUGCUAUAGCACCUCCUGCUACAGCACGUCGUGCUACAGCAACUCGGGCUACGAGGGGAGGGGCCGCUUCUGCAGCCACACCCGCCUCUCCUCGGUGGACAGCAACAGGUUGUCCGGCAGCACCGUGUUCUCCUCCCAGGACGAAGACGAGGACGAGGAGAGCGCCUUCGAGUCGGUGCCCGACGGCAGCCACUCACCAGAUGGCCAGGAGGUGGGCGGGGCAGGAGGAGAGAGGAGGACGGGGCGGUUGAAGGAAGCCAGGAGAGGAGAGCAGGGGGAGCCGGCUGUGGCGGGGCCCAGCGAUGGAAACAACAUCGGCUCCUCCCCUCCUGUCGGCCAUCUUCCAGUCCUGCGACCCAGCCAUGACCUAAACCAUUUUCCUGCUGCCACUGACCAAGCCUUACCUCCAAACUGGGAAGCUCGCAUCGACAGCCACGGCAGAGUUUUCUACGUGGACCACGUCAACCGGACCACCACCUGGCAGAGACCCGUCAACAGCGGCAAGUGUAACCACGGCAUCCCCCGCUCCGGAUCCACACAGCAGAUGGAGCAGCUCAACAGGAGGUACCAGAACAUCCAGAGGACCAUGGCCACGGAGGAGGACGGUGGGAGUCCCAGGCUGGAGCGGAGCGGCAGCACGGAGACCGAUUCUGAAACGCCUCAGACAGGCCCCGCCUCCCCCGUCAACCACCAGAAGAUCAGCCAUCUCCUCCAAUCGCCUGCUGUCAAGUUCAUCACACACCCAGAAUUCUUCACUGUGCUGCACAGUAACUAUGCGGCUUACCGGAUGUUCACCAGCAGCAGUUGUGUGAAACACAUGAUCCUGAAGGUGCGUCGCGAUGCCAGGAACUUUGAGCGCUACCAACAUAACCGGGACCUGGUGGUUUUCCUCAACAGGUUUGCAGACACUCAACUGGAGCUGCCAAGAGGCUGGGAGAUCAAGACCGACCCCCAGGGCAAGUCUUUCUUUGUGGACCACAACAGUCGAGCCACGACCUUCAUUGACCCCCGCAUCCCUCUGCAGAAUGGCCGUCUGCCCGGCCACCUCGCUCACAGACAGCAUCUGCAGAGACUACGCAGCUACAGCGCCGGGGAGGCCUCGGACGUGUCCAGGAGUCGUGGGGCUUCUCUAAUGACCAGGCCCGGAAACAGUCUGGUAGCCGCCAUACGAAGCCAGCACAACUCACAGCUGGCCGCUCCAUCCUACAACGAUAAAAUCGUGGCAUUCCUUCGACAGCCAAACAUAUUUGACAUGUUGCAGGAGAGACAGCCAAGCCUGAGCAGAAACCAUGCACUGAGGGAGAAAAUCCACUACCUUCGGACAGAAGGCACUCAGGGGGUGGAGAAGCUGUCAUGUGACGCUGACCUAGUCAUCCUGUUGAGUCUAUUCGAAGAGGAGAUCAUGUCUUAUGUUCCUCCUCACCCCAUCCACCCCAGCUUCAGCAUCUCUCCUCGCUGCUCCCCCGCCUCCUCGCCGCAGAACUCUCCUGGCCUGCAGAGGGCGAGGGCUCCGGCUCCUUACCGCAGAGACUUUGAAGCCAAACUGAGAAACUUUUACAGGAAAUUAGAAGCCAAGGGCUACGGGCAGGGACCGGGCAAGAUCAAGUUGCUGAUCAGGAGAGAACACCUGCUGGAGGGAACCUUCAACCAGGUGAUGGCAUACUCACGCAAAGAGCUGCAGAGGAACAAACUCUACGUCACUUUCCUGGGAGAGGAGGGGUUGGACUACAGCGGUCCGUCCAGAGAGUUCUUCUUCCUGUUGUCCCAGGAGUUGUUUAAUCCGUACUACGGUCUGUUUGAAUACUCGGCUAACGAUACCUACACGGUCCAGAUCAGCCCCAUGUCAGCGUUCGUUGAGAACCACCUGGAAUGGUUCCGCUUCAGUGGGCGUAUCCUGGGCCUGGCUCUGAUCCAUCAGUACCUGCUGGAUGCUUUCUUCACCAGACCCUUCUACAAGGCCCUGCUCCGACUGUCCACAGACCUGUCCGAUCUGGAGUAUCUGGACGAGGAGUUCCACCAGUCCCUGCAGUGGAUGAAAGACAACGACAUCACUGACAUCCUGGACCUCACCUUCACCGUCAACGAGGAGGUCUUCGGCCAGGUGACGGAGCGGGAGCUGAAGUCCGGCGGCUCCAACCUCCAGGUGACCGAGAAGAACAAGAAGGAUUACAUCGAGCGAAUGGCCAAGUGGAGGGUGGAGAGAGGAGUGGUGCAGCAGACGGAGGCGCUGGUCAGAGGCUUCUACGAGGUGGUGGACUCCAGGCUGGUGUCUGUGUUCGAUGCUCGGGAGCUGGAGCUGGUGAUCGCCGGGACAGUCGAGAUCGACCUCCUUGACUGGAGGAGCAACACCGAGUACAGAGGAGGUUACCAUGACGGCCACAUAGUGAUGCGCUGGUUCUGGGCUGCUGUGGAGCGGUUCAACAACGAGCAGCGUCUCCGCCUGCUGCAGUUCGUCACCGGGACGUCCAGCGUGCCCUACGAGGGCUUCGCCGCGCUGCGGGGAUCCAACGGCCUGCGGCGCUUCUGUAUCGAGAAGUGGGGCAAAGUCACAUCACUACCCAGGGCUCACACCUGUUUCAACCGUCUGGACAUGCCUCCAUACCCCUCGUACACAAUGCUGUAUGAGAAGCUGCUGAUCGCCGUGGAGGAAACCAGCACGUUUGGCCUGGAGUGA